UUGAGAUCUUGAAAGAGCAAAUUAAAUUUCAACUCUCUUUCAAAGCUCAAAAAUGGCGAAAUCAGCUGCAUUUUCCAAUUCUACAUCGCUAUCCUCUAUACCCAUUUUGUUAAUUAUAGUAUCUGUAACUGUGUUGUUGUACGCAUCAACAGUUGCUGGAGGUGGAGAUUCAUCUGCUUUCGUUAAAAAGACGAUUUCUUCACACUCCAUUGUUAUCUUCUCCAAAUCUUACUGCCCAUACUGUAAGAAAGCAAAGGCUGUAUUCAGAGAAUUGAACCAAAAACCUCAUGUCGUUGAGCUUGAUGAGAGAGAUGAUGGAUGGAACAUCCAGGAUGCCAUUAGUGAAAUCGUUGGCAGACGCACCGUGCCACAAGUUUUCAUCAACGGUAAACACAUCGGAGGAUCAGAUGAUACCAUCGAGGCGUAUGAAAACGGGGAUCUAGCUAAACUUCUUGGUGUUAAUUCUAAGAAUGAUGAUCUUUAAGCUGAAUUUGUUACAUGGUUUCAGAUUAAAUGACUCUGUAAUAUGAUAUAUGAUCACCAUAGGUCUCUUUGCAGCCUUUGAGGGUGUGUGGAGUUUGAAAAAGUUGGUGAUUGUAAGAAUGAGCCUUUACUUCAUAAGAACUUUAGGAUAAAGGACUUAUUAUUGUAGGUAUUAUUAUAAUAUGCUAUCAUUACUAUUACUCCUUUCAUUUAAAUUUGUUUGCCUGGUUUUAAAUUGGCAUGGAG